GUUCCUCUCUACAUUAUGAAUUUCUUUGACUACGAGUUAUCAAGAACUGCAACUGCAACGCCUCCCCAGUCAGGAGGUGAAUCUAGCAAUACGCAAGAGCCGUCUUUGAAUGACGAAGUAACGCAGGUUGUUGGGCAACUUGGUAGACUGUGGGGCGGAUUUAGGAAGCAGAGUCAAGCGGCACUGGAAACAGCACGCAAAGAUUUCUCUUCCGUCGUCGCCCAAGCUCAGAAGGAAAUUGGGAAACUCACAGCUGAUCCAAGCACUCCCGCUACUACUGACAACGCCGAAGCGUCGACGUCGACUUCCACGCAGGAGACAGGUCCUUCCACGUCCGAAAAGACUGAAACGCCGAAGUCACCUUCAGCUGACGAUGAAACCACUCCUCAACCUUCCUCUCCCACUGCCGCUUCGUCAAACUCGUCGUCAUUCCAAUUCCAAUCACUCCUUUCCCGGGUCCAGUCCUCCCUCCCACCCAACAUCUCCGCCACGCUUGAACGUACGAUCCCUGCGGCUCUCAAGGACCCUUCAGCACAUGCUUACGCGGACUUAACGCAACUGCGUACAACUCUCGGUGCCGAGUUCGCACGCGUUCAAGGUGUUACGCGUACACAAGCCGAGGAAUACGUGCAUCGUAGUGAGGCCUUGUUGCGCGAAGCUGGUGCGUACCUUAAGGAUGCCGUGAAAGUAGUACCUCCGGAAGAGACUGUAGACGACGAUACGGAUGUUGUAUUUGAUGGUAUGGGUUCUGGAGUCGUCGUGAUACCUUCGUCUCUUGGCAGUUCGUCGAACAGGAGCGCGGCGCGCGGAAAGGGUAAAGGCCGUGAGACGACCGCUCAGGCGCAGCAACACUUCGCUAGCUCGCGUGCGGCGGCGAUGCUUGCUCAGUUGAAACGUGAUUCCGAGGCGUUGAAAAGAGACCCACUCGAAGAUGAGAAUGCGAAGGAGCAGUUUGAAGAGUGGAUCAAAGCUGAAGUUACUUCAAGGGAGGGAGGCAUUGAGUCGUCUUAUUGGCAAGAUCGGGUGAAGGAAGAGUUGGGUCAUUCGGAAGACGGAGAGGCGUUACGCUCUACCCGAGAAGUGCUAGUACCAUCGAUAUUGGAUUCGAAUACGUUCUGGACUCGAUACUUCUUCCAUGUCCACCAGAUCGAGAAGGAUGAAGAAAAGCGUAAGGCUCUUCUACAAGCUUCAGGCGAAGAAGGAACAGAAGAAGACUUCAGCUGGGAAGACGACGAGGACGAAAGUAUAACUCCUUCCGAAUCCGCUGGACAAAGCAGAUUCGCAGCAGCUCCUCCCAAUACCAUAUCCAGCAACACAUCGGAAAACGUUGAACGCGGAUCUCGGGAUACACUUCAACCCGGCGGUAACGGUAAUGGUGGGAACGCCACAACUCCAGCAUCGUAUCCCGAAUCUCUCGUCACUUCACCAUCAAAUACGAGCCCAAGAGAGAGUAGCGAUGGGUAUGACGUCGUCUCGCCUGCGAGUAAUACGUCUGCUGCGAAGACGAAGACGAAACCUGCUGUAGCGGAGUCGAAGGAUGUGAAGGAUGUGAAGGAUGUGAAACCGAAGGAGGAGAAGAAGGAUGAGGAUGAGGCAGAUAGUGAUUGGGAGUGAUUGAAGCUAACUCAUGUUGUUGAGUAUAUGCUUGUAUUACUAUUAUACGGACCACUCGUUUGCUACGCUGAAUCUCCGUUACCCUUUUCUUCUUACUUAUUGUAGCAUUCUGUAUAAACAAUUAUAUGC